GACAGGACCAGAGGAGGCGAUUCAUGGUUGAUCGUUGGAUCCGCGCAGCGUCUCGGAGUGAGCUGCGACCGCCGAGAGGGACGCGGCUAGCCGGCGGCUAACGGCGCGAUGUCCUCCGACGGAACCGGAACCAUCCGCAGCCGCAUCAAGAACCUGCUGCGCUCCCCGUCCAUUAAACUCCGACGGAGUGGAACCGCGCGGAAUAAGCACGACCUCAGCAAAAAGGUGAUGUUGGAGAAAGUUAUCGGCAUCACAUCUCCGGGGAACCGAGCGCUGGCCUGUGACCCGAGAGCCGGACUGCUGGCCUACCCUGCAGGGUGCGUCGUGGUCCUGCUGAACCCCCGUAAGAACAAACAGCAGCACAUCUUCAACAGCUCCAGGAAGGCCAUCACCACGGUGGCGUUCUCUCCGGAUGGAAAAUACAUCGUGACGGGAGAGAGCGGCCACAUGCCAGCAGUCCGGGUCUGGGAUGUGUCCGAGCGUCUUCAGGUCUCGGACCUGCAGGAGCAUAAAUACGGCAUCUCCUGUGUCGCGUUUUCUCCAAAUGGCAAAUAUAUCGUCAGCGUGGGCUACCAGCAUGACAUGAUGGUCAACGUGUGGAACUGGAAGAAAAACGUGGUGGUGGCGGCCAAUAAGGUGUCCAGUAAAGUGACCGCCGUCUCCUUCUCUGAUGACAGCUCGUACUUUGUGACUGCCGGGAACCGACAUGUUAAGUUCUGGUACCUGGACCACACCAAGACCUCCAAGGUGAACGCCACAGUUCCCCUCCUGGGGCGUUCAGGGCUGCUCGGAGAGCUCAGAAACAACUUCUUCAGUGAUGUGGCAUGUGGGCGGGGCCGGCAGUCCGCCUCCACCUUCUGCAUCACCUCGUCCGGUCUGCUGUGUGAGUUUAAUGACCGGAGACUCCUGGACAAGUGGGUGGAGCUACGGGCGUCCCAGGCCACCUGUCUGUCCGUCACGGAUGAGUUCAUCUUCUGCGGCUGCUCUGACGGGACGGUCCGAGCCUUCAGUCCCGUCAACCUGCACUUUCUUUGUACUCUGCCCCGCCCACACUGCCUGGGCGCUGACAUCGCCAGUAUGGUUAAUGCCAGCCAGCUGUUCUCCUGCAGAGGAGAGGCUCGGUAUCCGGAUGCAGUGGCAGUGACCUUUGACCCCACCAAUCACUGGCUGUCAUGUGUCUACAAUGACCAUAGCCUUUACGUUUGGGACGUUCAGGACCUCUGCAAAACGGGGAAGCUGUACUCCGCCCUCUACCACUCGUCGUGUGUGUGGGGCCUCGAGGUGUACGCAGAGGGAAGAGGAAGAGGAGGGUGUGAGGCACACCUUCCUCCUGGAUCCUUCCUGUCCUGCUCCUCAGAUAACACCAUCCGACUGUGGAACAUCGACCGGCACAAUGUUCUCCACAGGAACAUCCUGAGUAACGACCUGCAGAAAGUUAUUUAUGUGGAUGACAACACCACCAGCCUCCUGGACACGGACAGCGUCGCUGUUGCUAACGGCAACACGGAGAAGGUGACGUCACCGGUUUCAGAGGGCCAGCAGAUGGACCAGAGCAGGACGGGCAUCAGGACCCUUAGAGUGAGUCCAAGCGGACAACACCUGGCCUCUGGAGACCGGAUGGGGGUCCUCAGGAUUCACGAUCUGAGCAGCAUGGAGGAGAUCCUGAAUGUUCAGGCUCACGACUCCGAAAUUCUGUGUCUCGAGUUCUCCAAACCUGACACCGGUCUCCAGUUAUUAGCCACAGCCAGUCGGGACCGUCUGAUCCACAUCCUGGACGCGGGCCGAGACUACAGCCUGGUCCAGACUCUGGACGAGCACUCGUCCUCCAUCACCGCCGUCAGAUUUGCAGCCAAUGAGGGGAAGGUGAGGAUGAUCAGCUGCGGCGCCGAUAAGAGCGUCUACUUCCGUACAGCUCAGCAGAUGGGGGAGAGUUUGGAGUUCACCCGAACGCAUCACGUUGUCAGGAAGACGACUUUGUACGACAUGGACGUCGAACCAACCAGGAAGUACGCAGCUGUAGGCUGUCAGGACCGAAAAAUCAGGAUCUUUAAUAUCAGCAACGGGAAACAGAAGAAGGUCUAUAAAGGCUCUCAGGGCGAGGACGGGACUGUCGUUAAGGUGCAGAUCGACCCGUCUGGACUCUAUGUGGCCACAUCGUGUUCGGACAAGAACGUCUCCGUGUUUGACUUCUUCUCAGGAGAAUGUGUGGCCACCAUGUUUGGACACUCAGAGAUCGUAACAGGGAUGAAGUUCAGCAGCGACUGCAGACACCUGAUCACGGUGUCAGCAGACAGUUGCAUUUUUGUGUGGCGUCUGAAUCCAGAGCUGACCAUCAGGAUGAAGCAGCGACUCGAUGAUCUCCAGCCAGAUCAGCUGACGUCAAACUCCCAGAAUGCACCUCAUCAGAAAGCUGUGAAGCCCAGCGGCGAGACGUUCUCCUCUGAUGUCAUCAACAUGUCGUCUGACAGCGAUGCCGAGGAAGAGGAGGGAGGGGUCCUGACAGGAAGUCCAGAGGAAGACGCAGUGUCUGAUGACGCGUGCAGCAGAGAGAGCAGGAAGGACACAUGUGCGACUCGACCCGUUCGCCGCCGCUGGUCCCGGAAGGCAACCGGCGCUGAUGGCGACCUGAUGGUGAACUCCAUGCUGGACCUGAGACUGCUCGGCUCCUACAGCUCCGACACUCAGGAGAGACCGGAGGAGACGAAGGUAUGGCCCCACCCUGAUGACACCUGCAGCCUGAGGAGGAGGAGUCAGAGGGUGGAGCCUCUGAGUCAUGGAACCACAGAGAAGCUGCAGAGCACCAUCAGCCUGCAGGUCACCUCUGCGUGGGCAGAUGAAGAAACAAAGAGCAGUCGGAGGCCAGACUUCAUCCAGCUGUCCACUCAGACCCUGAAUGCAGAAGAUCCAGUCCUGUUUCCUGAUGGAUGGGAAGACAGGACGAGCCUGGCGGGCAGUGAGUUUCAGGUGAAGGAGGUGAGCUACUCUGCUGCACCUGGACAGCAGGACAAACCAAGUCCAGACAGCGGCUGCUCUCUGGGGUUCAACUCUACGUUGUCCAGUCCAAAAAGACCUGCAGGAGACAAUACAGAAUCCACUCUCUGUGGAAACUCUUCUGACCUGGAGUCUGAGAUGAAGGAGGAAGACGAGGAGGAAGGACAAGGAGGCGGGAACCUGGGAACAUCUCGAAGUGUUCCCGAGGCUUCAGACCAGGAGGCUUUCCUGAAGGAGAACUUCGUCACGUUAGCGGACCUGUCCGCCUCAGGAGGUCCGAGCAGAACGUCUCACAGCUCCAGUGAGAGUCUCAGCAUCUCCUCCAGGUUCCUCUCCCAGAACUCAGCUGGAAGCCGGACUGGAUUUUCUUUAACUGCGUGGUCCAACGAGGGCGGUGAGGGGGAGGUAAAAGUCCGGCCCCCUGUCUCUGAGGUCCGGCCUCUGAUGGAAGCGAGCCAGAGCAAGGCGCUGGACCAGGACCGGACCUCUAUACCUCAGGGCAGAUCACAGCCUCCUCACAUUCAGCAAGAUCCAAAGCAUUUGCAGUCACAGGUGGAGGAGACCCCCUCGGUCUUUCCGGCCCCCGACCCCUCACCACUGAAGAAGAACAUCCAAACUGCAGUGGAACCCAGAAGGAACCCAGAUCUGGUGGUCCAUGCUGCGUCCCCCCUCCUGAAUCCUGGCCUUCGGAAGGCUCAGUCGGUCCACAGCCUGGUUGAAGCAGCAGGGGAUCCCUCAGGUUCUUGUCCAUCCAGAGAGGUCCCCCCUCAGCGUCCCACCACCCUUCCUUCCUCUCCUAGAUGGAUUCCAUCCACGGCGCCACCCGGAGGGAAACCCAGCCCUGCCUCCCCACGGUCCCCCCUGCAGGAGAACACUGCUCUCACACCAAGGAAGUCCUCGUCGUCCUCCUUGGCAGCGCAACGCUCCUACAUGAGUCCCACAGCCAGCUCCAUGGCCAAGAUGUCCCGCUCCAUCUCCAUAGGUGAUGGCCUGCACCUCCCUGAACCUGCUGAAGAUCCUUCAGUGACAUCAUCAGGACCACCCUCCUCCUCUCAGGUCAAGGAGACUCCAUCUCCUUGUGUUGCCGUGGUGCACUCGAACUCAUCUCUGGCCACGUCUCCUCAAGCCACCGUCAGCCCUGUUCUCGUCUCCUCCUUGUGGUCCAUGUCUGUUGGUAACCAUGGUGAUCGAGCUGCUCCUCCUACCCGCGGUCUCCAGGCUCGUGUUCCUGGCUGCAGCCGACCACUUCCAGACAAACCCGUCCUGGACUCCUUCUCAACAUCCUCCAAGCCUGCAGGCUCCUCUUCCUCGCAGCCUCCUCCUGUGUCUCCACCGCAGACCGAGGAGGAGCCUUUGACUCCGGCAGGUUUCACCUCAGACCACACAGAAGAUCCAGAUCAACCAGUCAGCUUGGAGUCCUGCAGGGCUCUGACCAACGAGCUGCAGAGCUGCUUUAAGAGAGCAACACAUCUCUACAGGAGGGUGAGGAACUCAUUGACGUCAAUCAAAGAAGUUCUGAACAAGAUUUAGAAUAUAUACAUGUGUGUAUAUACAGGUCCUUCUCAA